UUAUACUUCCACAGUCAACUGGCACUGUGUCCGCCGGGCACGCCGAUUCCUGCUGGAAAGCACCAAUUUCCUCUGCAGGUGUUGAUCCCAGAGAAUGCCCCAAGCAGCUACGAGAGCCAGUUUGGAUCCGUUCGGUAUCAGGUGAAGGUGAUCUUGACUGCGAAUACUGAGCAGGCGUCCUGCUCCGAAGUGUUUCCUAUAGUUGUGCUGGCUCGUUCGUUUUUCGAUCAAGUGCCUGUGAAUGUAUUAUCGCCCAUCGAUUUCCGAGACGAGGUACGA